AGCUGACACAUGUGCCACUUCAAAUUUAACCAAUCUCGCGACAUCAUAUAUGAGUGAUUCAGUAUAUCAAUAUAUAGAAACAAUAAUAAACCAAAGCUACGGCAUUGUUGAUGUUGACGUUCCUCCAGCAACUAAUGAUACGCAAAAAACAGAUGUUCAUGAUUUAAAGGACUUGUUGAUUUUCUUAUGGGAUCAUUUUGUGGACUGCGCAAAUCCUAAAAAAGUUGUUAUAAUUGGUGCAGGAAGAGGAUGCAAAAGUUUAAUGCAGUGUAUAAAUGAUCGAGACUCAUUGAUUAUGCGAUACACGGCCUGCGUAAUAAUGGUACCGGGAAACAAUGAUUCUGUUCCAACAAUCUCGAAAAAAGGGGAUAUAGUAAACUGGUAUUUUGAUAAUUCACUCGUAAUUCUUCCUGAAAACCAUGUUUACUGGUCCAAGAAGGGAGUGAAAAAAGACUCUGGAAAAUGCAUACAAGUUCCAGGACUUAACAACAUGUCAAUCCACGACAAACUUCAUAUUCUAAGACAAGAUAUAAUUGACUAUUUUCAUCAGCGGUUAACCAGCUUUACUCCAACACGUCAAUUAUAA